GUACCGUAAUUCCAGACGGGACAAAGCGGAAGCUCUUCGACAAUGGCGGCAGCUGAAAAUAAUGCUGAACUGAAGCGAAAAGCAGAUGAAACUCAGGGUGAAGACGGAGAAAAUGAGGAAUGGGUCGGGCCCAUGCCGAGCGAGGCUGCGACGACCAAGAAAAGGAAAGUUCUGGAAUAUGAACGCGUCUACCUGGACAACUUGCCUUCAGCUGCCAUGUAUGAAAGGAGCUACAUGCACAGAGACGUGAUCACACACAUUGUUUGCUCCAAGACAGACUUCAUCAUCACGGCCAGUCAAGAUGGUCACGUCAAGUUCUGGAAGAAAAAGGAGGACGAGGGAAUUGAGUUUGUCAAGCACUUUCGGGGUCAUCUCGGCGUGAUCGAGAGCAUCGCGGUCAGCGCCGAUGGCGCGCUCUUCUCUUCGGUCGGAGACGACCAGGCCAUGAAAGUCUUUGACGUCGUGAACUUUGACAUGAUCAACAUGCUCAAAUUGGGCUUCCACCCUGGUCAGAGCGAGUGGAUCUAUAAUCCCGGAGAUGCCAUUUCCACGGUGGCCUGCUCGGAAAAAUCCACCGGGAAGAUCUUUGUCUACGACGGCCGGGGAAGCGGCCAGCCCCUCCACGUCUUCGAGAAGAUGCACUCCUCGCCGCUGUCGCAGAUCCGCCUGAAUGCCAAAUUUCGAGUGGUCGUCUCUGCCGACAAAGCGGGAAUGCUGGAGUACUGGACCGGCCUCCCCUCGGAAUUCAAGUUCCCCAAACGCGUGCAGUGGGAAUACAAGACGGACACGGAUUUGUACGAGUUCGCCAAACACAAAACGUACCCCACCAGCCUGGUGUUCUCACCCGACGGGAAGAGAAUGGCCACCAUGGCGUCUGACCGUAAAGUCAGAAUCUUCCGCUUUCUUACGGGGAAGCUAAUGAGAGUGUUUGAUGAAUCCUUAACGAUGUUCACAGAGCUGCAGCAGAUGAGGCAGCAGCUGCCCGACAUGGAGUUCGGCCGGCGGAUGGCGGUAGAGCGAGAGCUGGAGAAGGUAGACGGGAUCCGUCUCACCAACAUCAUCUUCGACGAGACGGGGCAUUUCGUCAUGUAUGGGACCAUGCUGGGCAUCAAGGUCAUCAAUGUAGAAACCAACAGAUGCGUGCGCAUUCUCGGGAAGCUUGAGAACAUCCGCGUGGUCCAGCUGAGUCUCUUCCAGGGUGUCGCAAAGGCAAUGCAAGUGGCGCCGACCGUGGAAAUGAAAGCCUCGGACAAUCCUGCCUUGCAAAACGUGGAGCCGGACCCCACCGUCUUCUGCACCGCCUUCAAGAAGAACCGAUUCUACAUGUUCUCAAAGAGGGAACCCGAGGACACCAAAAGCGCCGACUCGGACAGAGACAUCUUCAACGAGAAGCCCUCGAAGGAGGAGGUGAUGGCGGCCACGCAGGCCGAGGGCCCCAAGAGAGUGUCGGACAGCGCCAUCAUCCACACCACCAUGGGCGACAUCCAUAUCAAGCUCUUCCCCGUGGAGUGCCCGAAAACGGUUGAGAACUUCUGCGUUCACAGCAGGAACGGCUAUUACAACGGACACAUCUUCCACAGAGUCAUCAAGGGCUUCAUGAUCCAGACCGGAGACCCCACGGGCACCGGCAUGGGCGGCGAGAGCAUCUGGGGCACAGAGUUUGAGGACGAGUUCCACGCCACCCUGAGACACGAUCGUCCCUAUACCCUCAGCAUGGCUAACGCGGGCCCCGCCUCCAACGGCUCGCAGUUCUUCAUCACGGUGGUGCCCACGCCUUGGCUGGACAACAAGCACACGGUGUUCGGAAGGUGCACCAAAGGCAUGGAGGCCGUGCAGAGGAUCUCCAACGCCAAAGUUCACCCCAAAACGGACAAACCGUACGAGGACAUCAGCAUCAUCAACAUCACUAUCAAGUGAUGUCUUCUUCAUGUACAGUGUUUAAAAAAAGACAAAACUAUUAAACAAUGCUUUCCGUGUUUUA